CAACAUGGCAGCAGCCAUGGAAACUGAACAGCCGGGCCUUGAAAUCUUUGAAACGGCGAGCUGUGAGGAGCAGCUCCAGAGAGAGGAGCAGCCAAAACUGGAACCUUUCUAUGUAGAGAGACAUUCCUGGAGCCAACUUCGGAAACUGCUCACAGAUACGCGGAAGUAUCAUGGGUACAUGAUGGCAAAAGCCCCUCACGACUUUACGUUUGUGAAGAAAAAUGAUCCUGAGGGACCUCAUUCCGAUAGGAUCUACUACCUGGCAAUGUCUGGGGAGAACAGGGAGAACACGCUCUUCUACUCUGAAAUUCCCAAAACCAUAAACAAAGCUGCCGUCCUGUUGCUUUCCUGGAAGCCUCUUUUGGAUCUUUUUCCGGCCAUCCUGGACUAUGGGAUGUACUCUCGUGAAGAGGAGUUGCUACGGGAGAGGAAGCGAAUUGGCACUAUUGGGAUUGCUUCUUAUGAUUACCACCGAGAAAGCGGCACAUUUCUGUUUCAGGCUGGGAGUGGAAUUUAUCAUGUAAAAGAUGGAGGCCCUCACGGAUUCACUCAACAGCCUUUGAGACCCAUUCUGGUAGAGACCAGUUGUCCAAAUAUCCGGAUGGAUCCCAAACUUUGUCCAGCUGAUCCAAAUUGGAUUGCAUUUAUCCAUAGCAAUGACAUCUGGAUAUCUAAUAUAGAAACCAGAGAAGAAAGAAGGCUAACAUUUGUGCACAAUGAACUGGCCAAUGUUGAGGAGGAUCCAAAAUCUGCUGGUGUGGCUACUUUUGUGCUGCAGGAGGAGUUUGACAGAUACACUGGCUACUGGUGGAGCCCAAAGGCAGAGCCAAGUAGGUCACUGAAUGGAGGUAAAGUUCUUCGAAUUCUUUAUGAAGAAAAUGAUGAGUCAGAGGUGGAAAUUAUUCAUGUCACAUCGCCCAUGCUGGAGACAAGAAGAACAGAUUCCUUCCGGUACCCCAAAACUGGUACAGCAAAUCCAAAGGUCACUUUCAAGAUAUCUGAAGUGACAAUCAAUGCGGAAGGCAGAAUUGCAGAUGUUGUGGAUAAAGAGCUAGUUCAGCCGUUCGAGAUCCUCUUUGAAGGAGUAGAGUACAUUGCUAGAGCUGGGUGGACGCCAGAAGGAAAAUACAUCUGGUCCAUCUUACUGGAUCGCUCCCAAACUCGACUUCAGAUAGUCUUGAUCCCUCCUGCAUUAUUCAUCCCCACAGAAGAUGAUGCAAUGGAAAGGCAGAAACUUAUCGAUGCUGUACCAGAUUCUGUUACACCUUUCAUUAUUUAUGAAGAAACAACAGACAUCUGGAUAAAUAUCCAUGAUAUCUUCUAUGUUUUCCCUCAAACCCAUGAAGAUGAGAUAGAGUUCAUUUUUGCCUCUGAGUGUAAAACAGGAUUCCGGCACCUGUACAAAGUCAUCUCGGUUUUGAAGGAGAGCAAGUAUAAACGGUCAUGUGGAGGCCUCCCUGCUCCAAGUGACUUCAAGUGCCCCAUCAAAGAGGAGAUCGCGAUUACCAGUGGAGAAUGGGAAGUGCUUGGCAGACAUGGAUCCAAUAUCUAUGUUGAUGAAGCCAAAAAACUGGUGUACUUUCAAGGCACAAAAGACUCGCCUUUAGAGCAUCACUUGUAUGUUGUUAAUUAUGAGAAUCCUGGAGAAGUAAAGCGGCUGACAGAACAUGGUUACUCUCAUGCCUGCUGUGUCAGCGAGGAUUGUGACAUGUUCAUCAGCAAGUACAGUAAUCAGAAGAACCCUCACUGUGUGUCACUUUACCGACUGACAGGACCUGAAGAUGAUGCAGCUCACAGGACAAAGGAAUUCUGGGCUACCAUCUUAGAUUCAGCAGGCCCUCUUCCCGAUUACAUUCCCCCAGAAGUGUUCUCCUUCGAGAGCUCCACGGGGUUUACGCUCUAUGGGAUGAUGUACAAACCUCACAAUCUGCAACCUGGAAAGAAGUACCCCACUGUGCUCUUCAUCUAUGGAGGUCCUCAGGUACAACUAGUGAACAAUCGGUUUAAAGGAAUCAAGUAUUUCCGUUUGAACACUUUGGCCUCUUUAGGCUAUGUUGUUGUUGUCAUUGACAACAGGGGGUCCUGCCACCGAGGGCUGAAGUUUGAAGGAGCCUUUAAAUACAAAAUGGGACAAAUAGAAAUUGAUGACCAAGUGGAAGGGCUGCAGUAUUUAGCAUCGCAGUAUGACUUCAUUGAUUUGGACCGUGUUGGCAUUCAUGGCUGGUCCUAUGGAGGCUACCUCUCUCUGAUGGCUUUAAUGCAGAGGUCAGAUAUCUUCAGGGUUGCCAUUGCCGGAGCACCAGUCACGCUGUGGAUUUUCUAUGACACUGGUUACACAGAGCGCUACAUGGGCCACCCGGAUCACAACGAGCAGGGCUAUUACCUAGGUUCAGUGGCCAUGCAAGCUGAGAAGUUUCCUUCUGAACCCAACCGUUUGCUGCUGCUACACGGAUUCUUGGAUGAGAAUGUUCACUUUGCACACACUAGUAUUUUGCUCAGCUUCUUAGUGAGAGCUGGGAAACCAUAUGACUUACAGAUCUACCCUCAGGAGAGACACAGUAUAAGAGUACCUGAGUCGGGAGAGCACUAUGAACUCCAUCUGCUGUAUUACCUGCAAGAGAAUCUGGGCUCUCGUAUUGCAGCCCUGAAAGCAAUGUAACUGACCUCUGCAGAAUUCUGCUCCACUGGCUGCUUUACCCAACGAGGAGAUGUAGGAAACUAGAGAAAAUAGGAUGGAACAUUGCAUUCUGGUGCCUGCCACAUGUACACACACACACACACAGAGACACACACAAACACAGACACACAGACACUUUUUUAAAAGUAAAUUUGGUGCCAUACAAGAAACUAAAGUACGGUGACCUAAUAACUUUAAAGGUUAAGGUGUAAAUAAAAUCAAGUAUCUGUGGU